ACUUAUUAAUUAACUUGCUGCAGCAAGCUAGCUCGUCUCUGUCACCUUUUCUCCAAACCUCUUUCUUAGUUUACUUGAAGGGAUGAACAGCAACAGGGUCCUCGCUCUAAUUCCUACCGUUCUUAUCCUGCUUAUGACAACCUUUGUAAGGGCAGACCCGGGAUUUCGUUUAACUAUCACAAGCAAAGGACUGGACUAUGUUAUAGAGACUGGUAUACCGAUACUAGAGCAACAGUUGUCUAACAUUGACAUACCAGACAUUUCUGGAUCUGCUAGCAGCCCUAUUGGUACUAUUGACUAUGAAUUAAAAAAUAUAAAGCUCUCUAAUCUCAAGAUACCAACUUAUUCAAUGAAGCCUGGUACAAGUGGUCUCACAAUUGCCCUAUCAAGUGUAUCUGUCAGUGGAAAAGCUGAUUGGCACUAUAAGCAGAAAAGCUGGCCUGGUAUUAGUGACAGUGGGUCAGUUGAUAUUUCUGCUGAUGGUAUAGCCAUCACUAUCAGUGCUGUACUUGGUAGUGAUUCAAGUGGUCAUCCAACACUAAAGACUACCGGUUGCUCGUUUUCCAUUGGUGGACUUCAUGUCACUUUUCAUGGUGGAGCUAGCUGGCUUUAUAAUCUUUUCUCUGAUAAUAUCGCUGACUCUUUGAAAAGCAGUUUACAAGGACAACUCUGUUCUGCUGCUACUGAUGCCAUCAACAAAGAGGCUAAUCACGCACUAGAGACACUACCAAUUGUUGAAAAGGUUGAUGAUUACUCUGAAGUCAAUUACUCCCUCACCAAAGUUCCCGUUUUCACAUCAACAUACAUUGAAACUGAUCACAAAGGAGAAUUCUUCCUAAUAGCACACCCAUCUGAAGCCCCUUUCACUCCUAAUCCUCUUCCUCCGGUUAAUGCCAGUGAUAAGAUGAUCUAUGUGUGGAUUACAGAGUAUCUGGUCAAUACAGCUGGGUUUGUGUACCAGGAGAGUGGGAUACUAGCUUAUAACAUCACUGCAGAUCAGAUCCCAAGCUCAUUCCCAAUUUCAUUAAACACUAGUUCAUUCAAAUUCCUUGUUCCACAGCUCUUUAAUGCUUAUCCCAACAUGCUGAUGCAGUUAAAUAUAAUAUCAGUCAAGCCUCCAUUGGUCCAGAUAUCUCCGCAAAUGGUUAAUCUGACGUUAGUUGGUACAUUGGGAGUUAAUGUGGUCUAUCCUAAUAAGACGGAAGUCACUGCUUUUGUACUGGCAGUGACGGUCUAUGCUGAUGCUCAUGUGAGUAUACAUGCGGAUGGUACACAAGAAAUUGUCAGUGGAAAUUGUACACUGCUCAAGUUUGAUAUGAGCCUAGCAUCGACUUCCAUUGGUCAGUUCUCAUUAGCUCCUCUUCAGGUUACAGUCAAUGCUCUUAUUAAUGCAUUCGUAUUACCACAAGCAAACAAGUACACAAUGAGAGGGAUCACCAUUCCAAUGUUCGAUGGAGUAUCAUUUGUUAAUCCUCAACUGGAACUUGGAGAGGGAUACAUACUGGUUAAUUCUGAUAUUAAUUACAAGCCAAGUUACUGGUCUGAUUAUUAUUAUUAAGAAGCUGAACACUUUUUCUGGAUAGCUAAUGCUUCUUUUUAAUGACAUUUUUGUACUGUCUCCAUUGUUUUUAUUGUCUUGUAGAGAGCAUUGCAUAGAAGUAUCAUUAUUUUUUUAAAUACA